AUGCAGCUGUCGCCGUACCAUGUGGCCCACGGCUGCACCACACUGGGGGGCGCAGCCUGCCCAGCCAACAUGUGCAAAGGAAAGAUCCUCGACGGACUGCUCUCCAGCAGCCAAUACGCCAUGGCGGCCUACGUGGGCGACGGCAGGGGCGACUACUGUUCCUGCACGCGCCUGGGCCCCCGAGACCUCAUCUUCGCUCGAACGACGUAUCCCCCCAAGCCAGUGCACCCCCCGGCCCCCGAAUCAGACGCGCCAAAAGCACCCAGGCCAUGCCCUCUCCUCGCCGCCCUAAAGUCCAAUGGGGGGCAAAUCGUGGAUGGCGACAAGGAGGGGUUUCUUAAAGCUGCAGCAGGUGCGGUGGGACGGCAAGACGAGCCUGGCUGGAACGCACGCGGGUGCAGGGACAGGAUCGAGAGUGCUGUGGUUCCGUGGGCUGGGCCUGACGACCUGGCGUCGCUGCUGUUGAUUCUGGCGAGCUGUUGGUCGUCGCAAUCCAGUUAG